ACUAAAAUGGCAACAGCACCACAACGUCAUAGUAGCAAUGGAAAACCAAUAUCAAGUAAUAGUACAAACGUUGUUGGAGUUCACUAUAAAGUGGGUCGAAAACUAGGAGAAGGAAGUUUUGGUAUUCUUUAUGAAGGUACCAACUUGUUAAAUAACCAACAAGUGGCUAUAAAGUUUGAACCUCGAAAGUCAGACGCACCUCAGUUACGAGACGAAUACAGAACCUAUAAAAUCCUUUCUGGCACUCAUGGCAUUCCCUCUGCUUAUUAUUUUGGUCAAGAAGGUCUUCAUAAUAUACUUGUAAUUGAUCUUUUAGGUCCAAGCCUAGAAGAUUUAUUUGAUUCAUGUUCAAGAAAGUUUAGUAUCAAGACAGUCGCUACACUGGCUCGUCAUAUGAUUACUCGUAUUCAAAGUGUCCAUGAAAACAACCUGAUUUACCGUGAUAUCAAACCUGACAACUUCUUGAUUGGAAGACAAGGCACAAGUGAAGCAAACACGGUUUAUCUGAUUGAUUUUGGUAUGGCCAAACAAUAUAGAGAUCCUAAAACAAAGCAACAUAUUCCCUACCGUGAACGAAAGAGUUUAUCAGGUACAGCUCGUUAUAUGAGUAUCAAUACCCAUUUAGGAAGAGAACAAUCAAGAAGAGAUGACUUAGAAUCCUUGGGCCAUGUAUUUAUGUACUUCUUAAGAGGUUCUUUACCUUGGCAAGGAUUGAAGGCUGCUACCAAUAAACAGAAAUAUGAAAAGAUAGGUGAAAAGAAACAAACGACUGCCAUUAAAGAUUUAUGCGCUGGAUUCCCAGAGGAAUUUGGUAUCUAUCUUCAAUAUGUACGUAAAUUAGGCUUUGAAGAAACACCAGAUUAUGAUUUCCUUCGAGAUUUGUUUACCAAAGUACUCAAGAAUCAUGGUGAUAUAGAUGAUGAAGUCUAUGAUUGGAUGCUGUUAAAUAACGGUCGAGGACUGGUUGAAAAGCGAUCUUCUCGACACCAUCAUCAACAACAACAGCAACAGCAACAACAACAACAGCAGCCACGCCAUAUUCAAGAUAAUCCUUAUGGGCGCACUCAGCCACCUAACACUCAACUUGUUAAUCGACCUGAAGCUGCUGAUUAUGAUGAUGGAUCACGGAAAAAAGGCUUUUGGCAACAAUUUAUUUCGUUUGUUACUUGUGGGCUGUUUACUUGUGCGUAAUAUUAUUUUUCUUUUCUUUCUUUUCUGCAUUUCCAUUGUGUUACCUGUCAAGAGUCUUGGCUUUUUUUUGAAUAAAUUUUUUCAGAAGGAAAAAAAAAAAAAAAAGAUAACAUUCCUUUUCU